AUCAUCUCUCGAAGCCAACACCAAUGGCUUCUUCAAACCCCAUCUCCCUCCUCACAUUUUUCAUUCUCUUCUUCUUCCUACUCUCCUCUCCAUCUCACUCCACCGCCCCGGUUACGACGGUGGAGAUCUGUCAAUCCGCUACCUCUCCCUCUUUCUGCAGGUCCUUCCUCCCCGCCUCCCUGGCCUCCGUCCACUCCCAUUGUCGCUUCACCCUUGCCCACGCCCUUGCCCGCGCUCACGCCUUCCUCGGCCUCGUUGAUGCCCAUCUCGGACUCGCCCCUACUCUCCCCACCCGCAUUGUCUCUGCCCUCCACGACUGCCACUCCCUCGCCGCCGCCAACGUUGAGUUCAUAUCCAGCACCCUCGAUACCGUCAACAACACCACCCAGCUCCUCCCCUUUUAUGAGGCCGAUGAGUUGCUAAGCUUCAUAAGUGCCCUCAUUACCAAUGGAGAUACUUGUUACGAAGGCCUGACCGUCGCGGCCGCCACCACGACAUCGUCGGUGGUGGGUUCGGUCGAGAAGGUGUUGGCGGCGCUGUCGUAUGACAAAAAUGUCUACAGCUUGUACCUUUCUUUGUUCAAAAUGGGGUGGGUGCCGGAGAACAUGAAGGCUCCGGGGUUGCCGGAGGGGAAACAUUUCCGGCUCCGGCGUGGGCCGUUGAACCUCAAAAUGUCGCCGGAAAACCGUGCGUAUUAUGACCGGCUGGUGCAUAGGAAGAGGCCGGCGGCCCCCGGUAGAAGACUUCUUCAGACAAAUUAUGAAGCUGAAGGAAUUCUUGUUAAUGGUAUUGUUGCGGUGGAUAAAAAUGGUAGCUACGACUACACCACCAUCAACGCUGCCAUUGCAGCAGCUCCGAACAACUCGGCCGCUGGCAACGGUUACUUCUUGAUCUUCGUUAGCAGUGGCGUGUACAACGAGAGCGUUGUGGUUCCAAAGAACAAAAAGUACGUGUUGAUGAUCGGAGAAGGUAACAACCAAACUAUCAUUACGGGCAACAACAAUGUCGUCGACGGUUCCACCACCUUCAACAGCGCUACCGUCGUUGUGGAGGGAACAGGGUUCUUUGGGGUGAACCUAACGAUCACCAACACGGCUGGUGCCAUCAAACACCAAGCCGUGGCCCUACGAGUCAGCGCAGAUUUGACGACGUUUUACAGUUGCAUAUUCGAAGGCUACCAAGACACUCUCUACGCCCACACCCUUCGUCAAUUCUACCGUGAAUGCGAUGUCUACGGCACUGUCGAUUUCAUCUUCGGUAACGCUGCCGUCGUUAUCCAGAACUGCAAUCUUUACACCCGGCUCCCGCUGAGCGGUCAGUUCAACGCCCUCACAGCACAGGGUCGGACCGACCCGAACCAGAACACCGGCACCUCGAUCCACAACUGCACGAUCAAGCCGACGGCGGAGCUCGCCGCCAGCCCCGCCACCAAGAGCUACUUGGGGCGGCCGUGGAAGGAAUAUUCUCGAACAGUUUACAUGCAGUCGUUUAUAGAUGCUUUUAUUGACCCUGCAGGAUGGAAGGAGUGGGACGGGACGUUGAAUUUGAACACGUCGUAUUACGCGGAGUUUAGCAACUCCGGGCCGGGAUCCGACACCUCACGGCGGGUGAAAUGGGCGGUCGGCGUCAUCAACGCCACCGUGGCUAGUAACUUCACGGUGUCCAGUUUGUUGGCCGGAGAUCAGUGGUUGCCGCCGACCACAGUUCCGUACACCGGCGGUUUGAUAUCAUAACCAAAUUAAAUUACUCCUCUUUGUCUAGUAUAAAUUAUUUCUGUUGAAUGUGGUCCAUGAUUUAAUUGCUAUAUUUUUUUUUCUUCUUGUCAGUUUUCGUUUUUCAAGUGUAAUGCAAUUAAUGUUAUUUAA